AGGUUCGUCCCAGAACACCCCACCUCGUGAAAUGUCCCCAUCUCCAAGACAAAGGACGAUCAAGGCCCAAUCCCUACCUAUCGUACCAUCCGUCAUGCAGAUUUACGGAGCAGCAACUCAGUCUGCGAAUCAGCGUCAGGCACAACAAGCGAGUCCCACCACUGCAAACAUCCCCCCGCAGUCAAAACGAACUUCCUCACCGCCGGCCCUCACGCAAGCCGCACCCAACGUGACGAAACUCCCAUCUCCACUCAAUCAGCCCUCUCAUCUCCGAGAAGAAGCAAUUCAGGGGCAUUAUUCUCCCUCGGCCUCUAUGCACCCCAACAUGCAUCAAGCACCACCUCCCCAACAUUCGCUCAGCCAGCCCAACAUGCAUCAGCCUCCUCCUCUACACCAACACUCGCUCAGUCAACCCAACAUCCACGCUCACCUCAUGAAUCCACAAAUGGGUUACCCACGCCCUAUUAACAGGGUCCCUCCUCCCCAGUUCUUAACACACUUCCAUGCAAUGGAGGAGAAUUGGCACAUGACGGAAGAGCUCAUGGCAGAGAUUGAGCGAGCAGACUAUGCGCAGGCCCUGAGUCAGCAGCCGCCUGUGCCUGGCAUGUCUGGCGUCGCCUACGCUGGUGGCGCCGCGAGCGGCGCCGUGUACGUACGUGAGGUGCCGUCACCUCUCAAAGACCCCGUCGGUGAUCGUGUCCGCGCGAACGAACGAACUAGUCCAAAAGAUGCAGACGGUCAGGGGAGCGGCGGCAUGCAGCGCUCCCGUUCCAUUCGCGUUGUCGAACGCGAGAAGGAAGUACAGCCGAGCGAUAGUGCUCGUGCACGCGAGCGUCCCCUCCCGUCUAGUCAGACUGGGUCUCCGUCCUACUCACCCUUGGGACACCGUGUGCCCUCUCCUGAGCGCAUUUCUCCCCCUUACCACACGCCUACUGGCUCGUCGGGCGGUGAGAGUGUGACUGUAGUGGACGUAGACUACGUCUCGUAUAAGCGGGACUCACAUCAAUCUAAUGGAAGCUCUUCCCUUAGGCUUCCCAGUCCGCCGCUCACUGUGCGGAAAGCCAUUGUCGCCGACAAUGCUCGUGUCACGCCGCCUGCGGUCAGCAAAUUUGCAAGCAAUACACCUCCCCUGCAGGCGAUGAAGACCCGCACUCCCGACAAGUCGCUGCCUGUCCAAGAAGAGCCAGAAGACGAUAUCGCAACCUCUAAGAACGGCGACGACUAUGCUCAUGGGAAUGACUAUAAUGAGGAUGAUGAUAAUGACACUCUCAUAGAAAAUGACAAUGACUUUCCCGUCGACGGUAACAGAGACCACGACGGAGAACUAGAAUCGUAUACCCCACGCUCACCCACUGCCAGCUUACCCGAACCAUACUCUGCCAGGCAAUACCCCACGCAGCCCGCAAAUCAGCGCCUCUCAAGCCUCACAAAGCACCACCGCAGUGGCAGCACAGACCGUCUUGGCCUCCGAAGCUUCGACGCAGCCGUCUUUGAAAAGCCUCCCAUCAGAUCUACUGAGGAGCGCCAGCAUAAUCUGCGGCACGAACAAAGCCGCACAUUUUCUGACACUCGUGGUGCAGAACAGCAGCAGCAACAGCAACAGCAACCGCAGCAGAGCAAUGGACGGCUGCACCCACUUCAAAAUCAAGUCUACUCGGAUGAUCAGAAUCACGAUGAUGCUGCAGCUGCCUAUAUAUCGCAUUACUUCCAGUCUCCUCGUCCAGUUGCGCCCAUACCGCCCACACCUCAUAGCCAAACUGCUGCUCCAUCACCAUUGAUAUCUAGUAUGCAAAGCAUGCAAGCCAGCCCGGCACCUCCAGUAGGCUCACCCUAUCCGUACCCAUUCUCUCAUGUUCGGCGCAACAACGUCUACUCUACCUAUCCCAUCCACACUGCGCCUUCCUCCAACUACGACCCCAACCAUCCCUCGGUGAUUGAAGAGCAACUCGCUCUCCAGAUGCAGAUGUACGCCUUGAACAACCAUGCAGCAUUAUCUGACUCCACGUUCUCACCGUCGUCAACGCCCUUCCCUGGGGCUGGAUACAACCCGUGGACGUUCUUGCAGGCAUCUCGUGCGUUCGGAGGAGGCGUACGGCCGCGUUUUGACUCCACUGCAACGAUGAGUAUCCAGUCGAGCCCGAGCCAUCAACCAGUCAGCCUUCCGUUCCCGACUGGCAAAAUCAAGCGCCGUCAGGCAUCCGCGGAUCUGCGAGUCCAGAGCACGAUUCGGAAGCGGAAGAUCAAGCCGCCGCCACGUGUGGACAGUACACAGCCACGGGACACGAGCCCAGAGCCGUACUCGUCUGGUGAGGAGACCGCUGGCGAGGAACGCUUUGAGGUUGCUGAAGAGGGGAACUGGGUGAAUGGGUUGGUGCCUGAUGAUGGUACUGAGUGGGUGGAUGAGGACGAGGAUGACAAGGAUGAGUUGUUAGAGUUGGAGUAUCACCCGAACUACGUCAACAACAUCGAAAAGAGACGGAGGAGAUGGGAUACGCGUUGGGAAGCUCUGCAGCAGGCGGUGAGCUGACUUGUUGUCAAAAGUCAUGGGUGGAUGCUGACAUUUGCCAUCGUAUUAUCGUAGUUCGAAGCGCUUGAUUGCGAGA